AUCUCGAAACCCAAACAAAGCGCCUCACAUCAUUAAAGCUAGUAAGCUCUAGGAGAUUAAGAACGCUACAUUUUGAAGACUCUAAAUGGUCAAAAAUAAUUUGAUACAGAAAAAUACAUUUAAAAGUUUAGAACUGCUUUAUUGCAAAAAAUUCUAACCAAUUUUUACGACGAUUUAAAUUUUUAGUUGAUAGCGAAAAGUUCUUCUCAAAUUUCGGUUCCCUUUUGAAACUGAUUGAGUAAAACUUGAUCAGAUGAUAAGAGCUAUUUUUUUGGUGUUUUUGAUAGAGGGUCUUCUUUUUGGCCCCCAAACGUCGUACAGUCGUAUGUACGAGCACGAGGGUGGGAGGUACAAGGAAGGACUGACCUAUCUGGUGAAACUGAACCUGAGGGAUGCGUGGGAUGAGUCCACUGUAGUUCUGGACGACAUUCAGUAUAAACUGAAGGCAGCCAUGGAUGCGAGUGAUUCUCAUUUUGGUGCAAUGACUCACAAAGCUGAAAGAAUUGUGCAGGAACAUGAUGCACUCGCUAGUGGCUUGAAUUCUACCAAUAUUGAGGAUAGCAAAACUAACCUCACUGAAAGCGUUCAAAAAUAUUGCGAAAAAAUCACUGACAGCUGCACAGAUGAGAAGGGCCGCCGCGACGACGUCAAAGACUGGGCUAAGAAACUCGAUCUUUCAACAGUCCUCGAUGAAAUAAGGAAAAACAUUACAGAUUAUAAACACAAAAAAGAAGGAAUGGACAAAACUAUCGGAAUACUGAAAGCUGAAAUUGAAACAGCGUCUAAAACGUUGAAGCAUUUAGUUGACGCCGCAACAAACCAAAAACAUAUUUCAAAGAUCAUCAAUGAAAACGCGAUUUCAUUCGAUCAAGUUCUAAAGUCGAUUGAAAAUGCUGACAUUCGCAAACUAGUGCUGCAGACGGACAUUGAGCAAACUAUCCAAGAAAUACAAAAAUCUGCUGACGCUGCUUCGUCUUUUUUGAAAAAGUUGGAAUCGGGCUUGGGACUGAGUAGACGUCGCCGUUCUUCUGAAUCUCACACGGAAUGGGACUGCAAAGGAAACUGGAAAGAUUUCUGCAAUAAGAAUGCAGUGGAAAUACCAACAAAAGAUUUCAAUGACACAUUCCGCACAGUUUUCGAGGAAUUCCAAAGCUUGUAUGCGUCGUUUUCGGACGAUUCUAAUAGCUACAUCGACAUUUUUUCCAACUUUUCCCACGCUUCGAAUCUCUACGAUACAAUUCUUUGCAACUACACUGAGAAAAUAAUGUGGUUGGAAAUGCUCAAAUUUGACAACACAGACAAACCCAAUCUGAACAUUUCAUCCGUCAAAUUCGAUCCUUCAAAAUAUUCAAUCGACUCUAAAACAAAAAACCUUCUGUACAGAAACGUGGAAGUCAAAAUCGAAGGCCUCAAAUACGUCGAUUCACUCACAAUUCCUGCAGUGAAUGUUCACAGGUAUGGAGAGAUUGACGCUGUGAUUGGUGAACAUAUUCGAAAAGAGUUGGAGAAAGCAGCUUGCGGAGACGAAUCUUUUGAGCUGUUGAAAAUGGUGGUCAAGGAAAGCGACGCUUGCCCAGAGUUAUGCAAAAAAUAACUUUUUGUGGACUUCAAAACCCGUUCUAAUUUUUUAUUUAUUGAUUGAUCAUCACAAUGUGUAGCAAGGGUAACUACACUAGAAAGGUACAGAAUAUGCAAAGUACAAAAAGGAAUUUAUGAUUACAUAUUAGUUACCGUUAUCAAAAUUGUGUAUACUACUGAAUAAACGUAUUAAA